CGUCAAGUCUAUCUACUAUUUUGCCCUCUUAUGGCCAAAGCUUAAAUUUUCGUCAUGUAGCAAUGGGAUGUCUUUUGGUCUUUUGUCUUUACCAGCAGCCUCAGUUCGAUGUCUAAUAAAUACAUCCAUUGAAUUUGUUGGUAUUGUCUGUGGAAUGGCCUACGCUUUCGGUAGCACAGAAGCCAACAUAGCAUAGAUAUCUUUGUCGGCAGUACAAGUAAAGUUCUGUUUUUGAUUUAUAAUUUACAGGAUGAUGUUUGGCAUUCAGCAAUGCCUCCUCCAUUAUUCAGUACAGUUCCGUCAUUGCCGAUGUUUGUGGUUGAAUCUAGAAGAAACAGACUGACUUCACAGUCAGAAAAGCCUGAACAACUGAGUGUCCAAUCAACUUCUGAUGUUAUAGCAGGUGGAACUGAAUUAGAAACGCAGUGGAGACAUCAUAGGAAGCGCAGCAAACAAAGAAGUCAACUGGUAGAUAAGCAAGUUGGGGAUGGAAGCAGUAGCAAAGAUAAUGUGUCUGUGCAUCCACGAAGGCGUCACCACCACAGGCAUAAAUACCACAGAGGUUCAUCAGUCCAAGCAACAAAAAGGGAAGAAUUGACAUGCGAAGGGGAACCAUCUCAAUCACAAGUGUCUGAGAACCCAAUGGAACAACCACCAAAGCCGAAACCUAGGCGGAAGCUUCGUCUUACUGACGUAGAACACCGCCGCAGCCGAUCUGUAAGUCGUGCUACUUUGUUGCAAGAGUCUGAUGGUUUAACAAAGGAAAACAAAGAACUUUCCACAAACCUGCAGCAACUGUCACAUUCUAGUCAAGAUUCGGGUUAUCAACAAACCACCGUAAAUGAAAACCUUUGCAAGAAAGAGGAUGUUGAGAUUCUGAAAGUUAAGCUCGUAAAACUUGAGUCAAACAACAAACAUCUUAAGGAAGAGAGAGAUGCCUUUAAGACAGAGUUAGAACACAUGAAGAGCCAGGAAAAAAAUGAGUUAGAGCAAACAGCUGCUCUGCAGGUUCAGAAUCAGGAGCUAAAUGAAGAUACUACCUUGCUUAAGAACCUAGUGUACAGGCUUAAUGUUGAGUUGGACAGAUACCAACAGAAGCUGCACAGACAUGGGGGCACAGGGGAACUACCUCCGUUGAAAGUAAUGCCGAGUGAAGUUCAGGAGAAGGAAACUUCUAUGGCAUGGAGGAAUGUCAACAAAAAUUUACUUGGCUCUUUACUUGAAGCAUAUCAGGAAACAAUAAAUGAAAAAGAUGAUUUGAUCCAUGUUUAUGAACAAGAUUUAAAUAAAUUUGUAGCCAAAUGUAAGCAAAUUGUUGCCGAGAAUGAGAAAUUAUAUCAAGAUCUGGAAGAAGCAAAUAGGCAGGUAGAAGAGAGAUCCAGUAGCUGGCACACUUUGCAGCAGGAUGCGAGUCAGGCCCAGGAACAAAAUGAGUUGCUUACAAAUGAGCUUCAGCUGCAGAAAGAAAAGCUGGAUCAAAUACAAGCAGAGUGUGAUGGAAGAGUUGCAGAGUUGACCAAAGACAAUGAAAUGUUGGUGAAUAAGUUUCACCAGUAUCGAGGAGAUUUGUUGACUUUAAAGGGCCAAUAUUCCGUACUCAGGGAGGAGUAUGAUCGUUUGAAGAAAGAUGCAGAUAGCAAAGUUCCUUUUGCCAUACAUUCUGCCUCUGUUUCAGAGUGUAGACGGUUGCUUGAUGAGUUGAAGACUAAAUAUGAGGGAGACAAGAGCAAUUUGACGAGCCAGGUUCAAGAAUUGCAGUCACAGAAGCCUCAUCUGGAGGUACAGCUUGUCAAUGUGACAACUGAAAACAAGAAGCUGCAGGUCCAAGUUAAGACACUCGACAAGCUGCUCAAGAAAAUGCAGCAUCGGUGUGAAGAAUUACAGAGUCGCCUGGUGACUUGUCAGGUAUCACGAGAUGCAUCAAAGAGACAACUCCAGAAGGCUAUGACCUUUUCAGAAGAGCUUGUGGCAGAGCAAGAGAAUCUUUUGCGUCAGCUGCACGCAAAACAGGAAGAGAACAAUUCCAUAGCUCGGCUGGGUACUACAAUUGUGUAUCGUAUGGGUUCUCUGAAAACCAAACUUAAGACUGUGCAAAAGGAUGCAUGGGCUGAACUGGAUGUGGUCGAAAAACGCAUUCAUCAACAAGAGACAGAUGUGGAGAGAAUGAAAGAUGAAUACCAUCGAGAAGUUAUGCGUUUACGUAAUCUUCUCAAGCAGAAGGAAAUGAUCAUAGGUCGCCUGCAGCAAGAGAAAACAAAGACGCAAGAAGACCUUGAGGUUGUGUGGCGAGCAGCAACAUCAGAAGAUUUACGCAUAAAAGAAAAGUUGAAGCAAGCUAACUUGCUGUCAGAAAGGGAAUCUGACUUCUUUCUAAACCACGCCAGAACCUAUAGUUAAGAACUGUAUUUAUGUAAAAAAGAGAAGUUUCCACAUGGCACUUUGUUGGCCAAAAAAAUUAUGUAAGUUUCCAAAUUACAACUUUAACACAGUAUAAAAGAUGUUUAUAUUAAAUUCAGGUUGAAUCUAGGCUGUAUAAUUUUCAUUAAAAUUUUGAGAGUCUCAUAAUAUUACAUGUCAUUAAUAUUUAACAUUUGUUAUAAUUGUCUCAAAACAAGUCCGUCCACAGUAUGAAACAAUAAGAAGUGUAUUUUAUAUUAUUUUUCUCUUGUGCUAAUUUCAUGUGUUAGCUGAAAAAGCAAAAAUAAUAAUAAUAAUAAAACGGGCAGUGAAGAUCCAUGGUUGCCUCUGAAAUUGAAGAUUAUUAAAAUAAGAAUUUGUAAACUGUUAAAUUGUGUGUUAGAAUGUUAAUUAAUGAUAUAGAAAUUGUUUUAUCGUAUGUAGGAUUUGUAACAGUCAGUGUAGGUUCCCUUGGAUUUCUUGCACUUUCCCUGUAACUGACUUUCCUGGUUUUCCCACAACUUCCUCAUUAGCACCAAUGUAAUCAGUUAUUAACACAACCAGUUCCAUUUAGUCACAAUACUGGGAAAAAAUAGCACAGAUAGCUUAGAUUGUAAGAAAUGUUAUACGAACAUGUCCGAAAAAGUACUGCCCCACAGAAAAUCGAAUCUUACCCAUAGAAUUAGCCAGUGACAUUCUUUUAAUUUAACCAGCAACCACCGUUGCUUUUGCAUGAGAUUUGUGGCUCUCAUGUUGGUGAAAGUUUAGAUUGUGAUUUUCUGGGUUGCAGUCAUUUCAGAGGGACCUCCUACUUCCAUCUUAAUGGGUAGAAGAUUUGAGCUGGGAUCUAGGUAAGUACAUGUAGAUUGGGCUGAGGGAAAUAAGUAGACUGGCCAAACAGACGUUCAGAACCCAAGGUUGGGAACUUAAAUAGAGUUGCCUGAGCAACGAGGUAACAGAAGAAACAAAAGGCCCUUUUCAGGUCCAGGGCAUAGGAAAGGACAAGUAAGUGGAUAUUCAAGUCUUGUCGUUCAAGAGGGUUUUCACUUGUUUCUUUAAUGUGUGAAUGAGUCUUCCGCGACCUGCCCAGGAAGAAUCCAUCUUGUUCAUGUUACUGGGAUGGAGCUUCAUGUCUUAGGUUUUAUAUGCCUGGAUUUUGUGGACAGGAUACUGAUGUCAUAUAGAUGGAUGCUAUGACACAGGUUAAUGCUGUGUUUUACUGCAUUUGAUUUCUCCAGAUGAUAAAGACAGAUAUGUCAGUCAGACCCAGAUUAUAAUGAAAUCCUGCUUGUCCUUUCCUUUGCACAGGUACUGGAAAGGGGCCUUCAUAGUUACCAUUUCUGAUGGCUUGGACAGGACUCAUCUCCUAUUCCUGGCUGUGGUUGACCAGCCUUUUCGUUUCCUUCAAACCAUUGGUAACCACCCACAUGGUAUGGCAACUCUGAUCACAAUCUAAACAAUGUUUUUUUUUUACAGUAUAAUCUCUGUAGGUAGCUUUACCAUUUCAUGAAUGUUUCUCACUUUUAGCUGCCAUUAAUCGUAUCACCAUGGUUAGGCUUCGAUACAGCCUGCCCUAUGGUUCUUAUUGCUAGACCUAGUGCCAGAAAUCAUGGCAUGCACUCAGAAUUGUUAUUUUAAUUUAUCUCAGAUGAGACCACUUGGUUGAAACGGGUCAGUUUGCUGCAUGACUCUGUGUAGAGCAAAUCAUGUGGUAAUGGUUAUUAUAUCACAUGAUUUUUCUUCUAUUGCUUGCGCACACACAGAGGUAUCCCCACCACCCUAUUUCCUUUCACACAGGCAUAUGACAUGACUUGUGGCACAAACUCUAUUCUUGAAAAACUAUCCUUUUGUGUGUAUCUUUGCAUGGAGGUAAUCUUCCAUUUUGUGGCAAGGUUGUUUUACCUUGACUAGUAUACAGGUGCAAAAAGCCUUAUAAGCUGAGAUUCUCCAAACACAUUCACUCGCACACACUUAUCUAAUUCAUAGGGCAGAAUCGAAUACCUUGUUUCUAGAAGUAAGAUUAUUAAAUCUUACAGCUCUGGAAGUUUCAUUUCUCUUCCCUCUUGGGGGAAUUGCUCAAAUUGUGUGGGGCAUUAACUCUGUCAUAAUCUACCUUAAUAAUCUUUGUCAGAUAUGUGGCAGUAAUCACAUAUCUGGUUUCAGACCCCUCAGUUUGGCAGUUACCUCUACACUAAAUGCAUUGGUUGUGCCACUAUAAUUCUCUCUUCUAGAAGACAAUUUCAUAAAUUCAGAGUGUAGUGUGUCUCAGUACUUUCUCUGUGUUCAGUGGCUGCAGUAAUAUAUUAAUUACUGGAAUAGUGGGAGUGUUUUUAUCUUAGUUCCUUAAGCUCUUUUAGCUUUUAUACAGCAAGUAAUUUUCUUACAACUAAAUAACUGCAGAUAAUCUUCUGUGACAUGAGGAUAGAUAAAACAAAAAUGUUAUAAAACACAUCUUAAUCGAUUGUAUUAAUUUUAGAUUUAUUUAAACUUUGCUGUAGAUAGUUUGAUAGUGACUGAUGGACUUUGAAGAACUGGAAGAUUACUGUAAUUUCAAGAAGCUAAGGGUAAUAUUUUACACUGAUUCUGCUUAAUAAAGAUGUGAUAUAAUGAUAAUGUCACUAGUCAAUAUGAGUUUGUUAAUAACAACUUUAUCUUAUUAACAUCUUGUUUGUGUUAACAGAAUUAUUACUAUUGUCUUUAUUUGAAGUAGCAAGAAUUUGUCUGUUUUCUGAUAAGAAUGCAUUCUUUGCACUAAAUGCAUAAAAUUAGUGUGGAAAGUCACACAUUGCUGUCCAACACUUGUUUCAUCAUCUUAACUGUUCAACAGAUUUUGAUUAAAAAGGGUGAUCUGUAGUUUCAAAUAAAAUUUGUGCAUAAAUAUGUUUUGAUGUCUGUUGGUCCAGUAUAACCUCUACAUAAAACACAAAUUGUACUUUAUAUAUAAUUUUUCUCAUAAAUAGAUAUAUGCACACAAAAAUUGGCAUAUAACUAAAAUUAUAGAUCUCAUUAAAACCUACAACUUUUACUUGAAACAUUUUUAAAUAUUAUGAAUAUUAGUUGCAGUACAAGGAAAAAUUAUGCUUGUGCACUGUGACAUGAAGAAUAAUUAUUUUUGCAGCAGUAGAUUUAUACCACUAAUAAAUGACUAUGAAGGAAAAUGUGGCCUGCAAGACUUAAAGAAUAUUUUGGAGAAUAUGUAAACUGCAACUUGGAGUACAACUUUCUGCAUUUAUUUGUAUAGAAUAUUGUUUACAAGGAAUGUAAGACAGUCUUGGUUGUAGUCUUCAUUUACGUGUCUGUUGACUCAUUACUUUGUUAUGUGGCCCAAGAGCAGGCUGCAUAAUAAACCCAUAACAGUUGAAGACAUUUCCAUCUGUUAUUGUCCUAUUACUUUGUCACUGAUAUAUGUGGGAAGGGGUGGGAAAGAAAGAUAAAUUCCCCCCUUUCUCUGACAAAGCAAGGCUGUGAGCUCCAGUGGCAGUAAUGGAAGGAGUGGUAGUGACAGUGUAACUUGUGAUUUGGUCACUGUUAUGUUUGUCUGUGCAUAAGUUUGUCAUUCAAUUUACUUAAUAUAGCCAGUAGACUAAAAAAUUUAAAUUGUAGUCAAUGAUAUUACCAUGCUGAACUCUUCACAUUUGUAGAUGGUUGUCUUGUAGGGUAUUGUCCUGAUUAUGGAGGCAGUAAGCUCCUGUGAAAGAUAGGUCAUGUCUACCAGACUAUAUGGCACAAUAUCCCAGAAGACAGCCGUAUUCAUACGUGGCUAUCAGCAAACUCACACGGACAAAACUUGCUGGUUUGUGUACAUUAACGGUGCAGUAUGUAUGGCACAGUGAUAAACACAAUAGUAUGUGAAUAUCUCUUUAUUGUAAUGUACGUAUUAAAUCAUUUUGAUGCA